GCAGGUUGAAUAAUAAAGUAUUGCUUUGCACACUGAGCAAACAAAAAUUACAGUAUGAUUCUUUGUAAAAUACCUAAAAACAACUUAAAUUCUCAAGAAGCUGCAGCUGUUGACUAAGCUGAGUGAGCUGAUAGUCCUGACCUGCAGCCCUCAGACUGCACAUCAUUCAGCGAUACUUUGUUAUUGUGAUUUGGACAGAGCACGACAGACUCCUCCCCCGUGGUUGACAUGCUGUAUAAAUGCAGCAUCAACAACAGUGUCUGAAAGCUUAUUGGUACCCAAACAUGAAGGGACUGAGCUUGGUUCUCCUUGUGCUUCUCCUGAUGCUGGCGGUCGGGGAGGGCGAUGAUCCAGAAAUGCAGUACUGGACAUGUGGGUAUAGAGGACUCUGCAGACGGUUCUGCUAUGCUCAGGAGUACAUCGUUGGUCAUCACGGUUGCCCUCGACGAUACAGGUGUUGUGCUGUGAGGUCUUAGCACCAGCUUGCACCAGCAUGGGGCCGGACAUCUUCAGUUCAGCUGGCAGUUGAAACCGACAGCAUUCUUCUGGAUAAACCGUUUUGACAACUCUACUCUGAAUGAACCCAUCUUCGACUUCAGACAUGCAGUGGAGUCUGGCCAAGAGUGCUUUUGAAGUGCACUUUAUUUAGUUAGAUCUAGUUAGAUUAGGUCUGCAGCUGCAAUCCUGUAGCUCAUAUAUCUGUCAUUGUUGCCUGAAACUGAGUGUGACUGAUCCAGUAUCAUUUAAUAACAUCAGUGCCUUGUGAACGGCCAGUUCUUCUCUAUGUAAUGCAGUGGUGCCAAUAAAUGCAUG